UUGAUGGAGACCCAGAUCCAGGCAUGUGGUCAGACUCCAUCCCAGCUGCUGAUCGAGCCCCACCCCCCUCGCUCCUCUGCCAUGCACCUGUGUUUUCUUCCCCAGAGUCCUCUGAUGUUUAAGGACCAGAUGCAGCAGGAUGUGAUCAUGGUGCUGAAGUUCCCCUCCAACUCUCCUGUGACCCACGUAGCAGCCAACACCCUGCCCCACCUCUCUGUCCCUGCUGCUGUCACCGUCACCUGCAGCAGACUGUUCGCUGUCAACCGUUGGCACAACACCGUCGGUCUCCGUGGGGCUCCAGGUUACUCCCUAGAACAGGCUCAUCACCUGCCCAUUGAGAUGGACCCUCUCAUAGCCAACAACUCAGGUGUGAGUAAGCGUCAGAUCACAGACCUGGUGGACCAGAGCAUCCAGAUCAACACACACUGCUUCGUGGUUACCGCCGACAACCGCUACAUCCUGGUCUGUGGCUUCUGGGACAAGAGCUUCAGAGUCUACUCUACCGAGACAGGUAAGUUGACCCAGAUAGUGUUUGGCCACUGGGACGUGGUGACGUGCCUGGCCCGGUCAGAGAGCUACAUCGGAGGAGACUGCUACAUCGUGUCGGGGUCCAGAGACGCUACCCUGCUGCUGUGGUACUGGAGCGGACGCCAUCACAUCAUUGGAGACAACCCCAACAACAGUGACUACCCUGCUCCGAGAGCCGUGCUGACGGGUCAUGACCAUGAGGUGGUUUGUGUCUCUGUCUGCGCUGAGCUGGGACUGGUCAUUAGCGGGGCCAAAGAGGGUCCAUGUCUGGUCCACAUCACCAUAACAGAGGAUACCUACUUGGACCCCUGGAAGGCGAGGGCCAUAUGUCUCUGUUAUAGAGGACGCUUCUGCAACUUCAGCAUCAACGGGAGACUGCUGUCAGAUGGGCUCAAGCUCAACUGCAGAU